UUGCAGGAACUAGAGAUGACAGUUGAUGAGGACAUGAUGGUGCAUUUUGCCUUAAACUCAUUGCCAAAGGAUUUCAAGUCUCUUAGGGAAACCUACAUUGCUCAGAAAGAAUGCUGGACAUUGAAUGAUUUGAUUACCAUCUGUGUUCAACAGGAACACAACAUCAUAAGGGAAAGAGGAGCAAAAAUGGUGAACAUGGUUCAAACCAAAGAGAAAAAGGAAAAUAGACACAAUGCAAUGACUGGAAAAGGCAGCAGUACUGAAAAGUAUCUAAAACCAUCAACUGGAAUGAAGUGUUUCUUCUGUAAGAAACCAGGGCACAUGAAGAAAGAAUGCAGAAAAUACAAAAAGUGGCUAGACAAGCAGAAAACUAAAGGGAUUCAUAAGGAGGAGAUUGCCAAGCAAGGAUGAAGUGAAGGUGUUCGUUGGCAAUGGAGAAAAAGUUCAAGUAGAGUUCAUAGGAACAGUUAGGAUUGAAUUAGAUUUUGGUUUU